GGAGGCAACAAUAGUCUUUGUUCAAGGUCUUCCACCAUUCUUAUUAGGGCUACCAAGAGGAGGGAGGUGCGAGGAGAAGGGUGUUUCUCCAUAGUAACAAUGACAAAACAAGCCAGUUUAGAGGGAGACACUCCAACUCCAGCAGGAGAGCUGAAGAAGAAGGAGCAGGUCUCACUCUGCUGCGGAAAGUUUAGCAGAAGUUACCCAGGCAUGGAGCGGGACAGCCACAGCGAGGACACGCUGUCCACCAUGGUCCUGGAGAACGUCAAGAACAAACUGAUCCACGCCUUCAGGGCGACCGCCGAGUCCAGAGCGGGUCAGAGGGAGGCCGGCGGCGGCGGCGGCAUCGGGAGGAGCCAGCAGGCCAACGAGGAGCUGCGGCGGGCGCAGAUAGAUGGAGCUCUGACCUGGCUCCGAUCCGAACUGCUGGAGAUGCGCUCGCAGGACGUGCAGCUGGCUCAGACGCUGCUGGGGCUCAACACAGAGAUCCAAAGACUGAGGAGGGAGAGCUUUGGGGGGCUGGAGGUGCAAGGAGACGAUCAGCAGUGAGACUGCUCCUGAUCUGGGAAGGACUUAGAGCUGACCAAGGGAAUCCGUGCAGCCAGAAGUAAAGAAUCCGACACAACAGAGGGACACUGAAUGCAUCGUUUGAACAGAGCUGCUGCAUGGACAGUAAUGCAGGCAGACAGAAUAACUGAGGCUGCGUUCACACUGCAGCCUGAAGCGACCCAAUUCCCAUUUUUUGUCAAGUCGGAUUUUUUAUUAAUUUUUUUUGCCGUAAAAUAAAUGCGACCUGUUUGUGUUCUGCAGUCUGAACGGGAAAACGACCUGAAAGUGUAGUAGAGGGCGCAACAGCCGCGUUGUCAGUGUUCUGCCAGCCGCCAUCAAAAAGUUAACAUGGAUGCUAACGGUGGAGCAAAGCUUACACAUUUGAAGUUAUUGUCCAGCCAGUAGCAUAUUAACAACCUAAUCCUCAUUAUCCUCCAUCAUGGUUGUUUUUCUUCCCGUUUGCUCGUGUCAGGAUCAGAAUUCAGUCCAGAUGAACGCCACCUGGACGUCAGGUCACAUUUGAAUCGGAUGCGUAUCGGAUACCCAUGGUGGUCGCAAUUGAAAGCAUCCGACCGUUCAGACUGUCACGAAAAGAUCAGACACAGGUCACAUCGAGGCAAAAAUAAAGAAUUGGUUCACUUCAGGCUGCAGUGUGAACGCAGCCCAAAAGACGCUUUGGUUCCUCUGAUUCUGAACAGUAAAAUGAUAACGCAUGUGAAGUUGAGGAACAAUAAAU